AUGGCUGGGGUCGGCGCUGUCGCCUUCCAAGGACUUGCGUGGGUCGUUGCACUCCUCAUGUACACACUCUACACGCAACGGCUCAUGACCGGCGAACUACCGUCACCACCUACACGCCCAGGGAUGUACGUUUCUGUGGGUCCGGCUGGCUACACGGCUGCUGGUCUCAUCUCGCUCGCCACGCAGGCCUCCAACGUGGUACCCGCCGCACAAUUCACACAGCUAGCGCUCCCUGACGGGGACCUCAUCAAGACCCUUGGAAUCCUCUGUGGACUUUUCAUUAUCCUGUUUGCAUUCUGGUUCUUUUGCAUCUCGACCAUCGCGGUGAUCGCCGGUCUGCGGCGUAUGACGUUCACCCUGAACUGGUGGGCGUUUAUCUUUCCAAACGCAGGCCUAACACUAGCUACGAUUCAAAUUGCGGGAGCUCUGAACAGCGACGCUAUUCGUGGCGUUAGCAGCGCCCUCACUAUACUACUCGUGGUUAUGUGGCUACUGGUAGCAAUCCUUUGCAUCAAGGCAGUAUGGAUGGGUCAAUUACUCUGGCCGGGGAAAGACGAGGACAAAACGAUGAAGGGCAUCCGGUGGGGAAGGCAUGGUGCUUUCUCAGAAUCUCAUUCUGACGCACAAAAGGAAAGAGAAGACUAG